AUGACUGAUCACAGUUCUAUGGAUGCUACUAUUUAUAACCGAUAUUCCGAUAUCAGCGAAUUAAAGGGUAUAUUUGCAGCAAGGAACACAUGGGGUCGCUGUCAACAUACAGAUUGGGAUGCUUGCGAAUUGGCACGACUUCAAGAGCUUAACGAAGCACGACAACGAGCCGCUCAAAUGGAAAAGACGAUGCGCUGGUGGUCAGAAUGUACUGCAUCAUGGCGGCAGAAAUGGAGUACAGUACGGAACGAACGAAAUCGUGCUCGUGAAGAAGGACAUUCGUUACGGAUAGCGCUUACGGAAGCCAAAGAGGAGAAUAAAAAAUUAUUAAGUGCGAAACGAACUGUAGAAGCUGAAAAUUCACUAAUGAAAGCUCACAUGCACUUAUUGCAAAAAGAACGAAUAGCCAAUCGAAUGCCAUUAGAAGUGAGUUCUCUGCCAGAGACACCACCAAUAAUGCUUGAUGAAGAGUGCCAGGCACGACCGGAAUAUAUGCACGUCUCAACGAUUACCGAUCAAUCGUUAGAUAUUAAUUAUUCACGAUGGAUGCGUUUGGAUGGAUCACAAGGAAAGCUGUUCGAGAGUAUGAGAAGAUUGGAGAAUCGAUGUAGUGAAUUACAAACUGAAUUAAUGAUGAUGGAAGCUAGAUGUACUGAACUUGAAGCUUCUCGUAUAGCUGCAAAAGAGGAGAUUGAGGAGUUAAAACGUUUCCAAGAACAAACAUCCUUCCUCAAUAGCGGUUCAACUUCACAAAAGGAUGCAAGAGAAAUUGAAGCGAUAAGGUCGGAGCGCGAUGAAGCGUUAAGUGAAGUGCAGACACUGAAGAUGGAAAAGGAAUUUCUUAUGCAACAGCUCAAAAUGUUGAAGAUUACGAUGGAAGAGAGUGAGCCAGAACCACCAGGACCUACCUGA